CGCGGUUCAAGCUUCAAGUCCAGUUUGCACCAAGGAUUGUAGUUCAAUGGUCACAACAAGAUCAGCCACUCGUGUAGUCCGCAAUGACUCCCCAAGAGUAAUGGUUUCAAAUCCAGAAAGGCUUGUCCUUCAAGCUAGUACUAGUGACGAGGAUUCAGAAGACCCUGAUAUUACUCCGCGCCACGUCAAGAAAAGAUCCAGGAAAAGCGUGGGCCACCGUGCCAAAACAAAGUUGAAGCGCCGUGGACGACUCGACCUAAUGCCUACCAUGAACUUGGAUAUUCUAUUUCAUAUACUCAGUUUUCUCCUUCCAGUGGACCUUUUGAAUCUAUCCCGAACCAGCAAGGACUUCCGAAAUUUAUUGCUGCAGCGAUCAUCCGCUUCUGCUUGGAAAACUGCCCGUCUCCAGGUUGAUGACCUUCCCGAUUGUCCCCAAGACAUGAGUGAACCACAGUAUGCAAAUCUUGUUUUUUACCCUCAUUGCCAUGAUUGCGACAGAGUUGUCCGAUCUGUUUUAUGGCCACUUCGGGCACGAUACUGCCCCAGAUGCAUCGGUGAAAACACUCUUGAUCAGUGGAGCCCACGAAGCAGCAUCCCAUGGACGGUAAAUAUCAAUUCAUAUGACUUACCACAUGCCAAUAUAUACGGAACGGGUCGACCCAAGCAACUGUUCCUCAAGAAGGCAUUUGAUGAACUGCUUGCCGAGCACUCGAAGACGCCAGCGGACGAGCUGGCAGCUUUGUCGUCUAAGAAGCGAAACUAUGCUGCUGAGGUUAUGAAACAUGCAGAGCAAUGUCAGCAGUGGUCACAGUCUGUCGCAAGUUCUCGCAAACAUGAACUUGACGCCAUUAGACGCGGUCGCCAGGACGAUAUUGUGAUUCGCCUUGCUGAAGCAGGCUACGAGCCUGAGUUGGACUAUGUGAGUAGAUUUUGGUUGCAAGAUCAUCUUGGGACAUCGUUCAAGGAACCAAAACCUCUUAAUCAAAAAUCGUGGGAUCGUAUGCGCCCAGGUUUGAUUACAGCGCUCGAUGAUGUCAGGAUCCGUCGCAUAGAAGCUAAAGUCUACGGUCCUCGGCGCCAGAUUCUGAUGGAUGAAUACAAGAAGUACCUCCAGCGCCCCCCUCCCCCGGACGCAGCAUUUGACAUGAUGCCACACGCUGUUGAUGUUGCAGAGUUCGACCCCUUCAAAGUUCUCAUCACGUCACCUGAAUCAGCCACAAUUACCGCGACUUCAUUCAUCUCUGCUUUUCAGCAGCUCCCGAAAUUCAUAUCCUCCUGGAGAGCCAAAAUCGAUUGCGAAUUUUUAGACCUGAUCCGUAGUCCACAAAGCGAGGACGAUAGUGGAAGACAGGAGGAUGCGGAUUGCCUGCAGCUGGCGACCGCUGUAUUUAUUGUUCAAUCUGGCAGUGACCGUCGUCUACUGAUGUAUCCCGAAGUGCUGUCGUGGCCUGGAUUUUUUGCCCCGGCAUCCAUCACACUGGAUGACGAGGUAUACCUUCUACAAGUGAAACAGUUCGGGUGCCGGAUGUGGUCCGCCGUCAGACAUCAUCCUCGGAUCAGUAUCUUCGAAGGAACUGCAGCUGUUGUUCAGGCCGCCAGUCUUGACCCGAAGACUACGCGUCGAGAGGACAUGGAUCGACUGGAUGCUCGCUUUGCAUGCGGAAAGUGUUCCACGCCGGGCAAAAAGGUGGUUAUGACAUGGGACAUGGCGGUGAUGCACAGCUAUCGCUUGCAUAGAGAUCUGCAACCUGAAGAGAUCCAGUGGACAAUGAUAGAGGGUGACGAGUUGGAAAAUGUCAAAGAUUAUGAGAAAGAAGGCAAACCUCCUGUGAAGGCAAAUGCUAUCGUGUAUUGCGCCUUGUGCCAGCAUCAUGUGCGCGAUGCCAUGUCACUUAUUUUCAUCCAGAAUCAUCUGGUUGAGAUUCAUGGGAUUCCCUCGGAUAAGGCAGAACAAGGCGCACACUACAUUCCUGACCGCAAUUCAACAUCUGUGAUUUCUAUGGUUGUGGACAGCGACGGCAAUGUAUCAAACCAUACUGAUCAUCGCUUAGUUCCGUCGUACUCCAGCGGUAUAGAAAUCCUUUACUGGAAGAGUCACAGUCACUUGGUGUAGUACAUAAUUCAUAUCCGCCUCAUACUCUACAAUCAUCGCUGAAUACUUAUUGUACAAGAUUAACUAUGAUCUGAACAUACUAUACUUUGUUGCUACUUUCUUCUGAAGGCUUGCAACCACCGGAAUCACCACAACAGCGCUUGGGAGCUGUACUGGGCUGCUGCAUGACAUUGGGGAUAGGUUGUUUUUCUGCGUUCGGUUCCUCCUGUCCACAACAGCGCUUGGGAGCUGUACUGGGCUGCUGCAUGACAUCGGGGAUAGGUUGUUUAUCUGCCCUCCGUUCCUCUUGUCCACAACAGC